GAGAUAGAGAGAGAGAGAGAGAGGACAAGAUGGAUGAAAUCCGUAAUGCAGCUGAUGCCUAUUACAAGGCUAAACCGAAGGAAAUGAAGAAAGCUAAGAAAAUGUUUAAAAAGAUCGACAAAAAUGGUGAUGGCAAAGUGAGCUACGAAGAGUAUGCUGCUUAUUACAAGAAGAAGAAGCCCAAGAAGAAACGAAAGAAGACUGAAGGCGUCAGACCUGAACAUUUCGCAGAGUUGGACCAGAACGGUGAUGAAUAUCUUGAUAUAAAAGAAGCUACUGUCCUCUAUUACCUAUCAGUAUCAAGGAAGGAAUGUGAUUCAUGUGGGCUCUUCAUAAAGGAUAUGUUCUACUCUUGUGAGAAAUGCUACAAAAAGAGUGAUGAUCGUCAUUCCUACAACCUUUGUGUGCCUUGCUAUCGCAGUAGACAAUUCAAGCACAAGCACAAAACCUUCUUGGAUAACCAUGUACUACAGCAGAAAUAUAAGAAGGGUUCUUCAUCAGUAGGAUGUUCAAUACUUGAAGCAGCCGCACAAAUGCUGUCAUUAUUUGGUGGUGCAGGUGGUUCUUCGUGAAUGACAUUUGGU